AGACAAAUACAAAGGAUAAAGAGAUGAUUGGACAGGGCAAGUGCUUGGCACCCGUAGCUAAGACUGCAGGCUGAUUGUUGCCACUAGCCAUGACUGAUAGGAAGAGAGAUCUCGGCUGAGACUUGUCCCCCCUCCCCCUGUCUCCCAGCUACACACCAACCACUCCUUUACUUUCACUUUCACUGGGCAAAGAGACUGAAUGGUGACAAGUAGGAUGAGUGAAGCCUCUCGGGAUAAAGAAGACGUACAAAAGCAAUAGGAAAAUCUCAGCUAGAAGGUAACAAUGUCCUGGGGCAAACAGACAGUGGUGGGGAUAUUCUCCAGGAGUGGGGCCGAGGAACACCUCUGGCUUGUCAACGCUUUGAAUGAUAUUACCGGCAUCUGCCCCAAGUCCUUCGUCAUUACCAACUCCAAUGCCUCAGCUUUUAGGGACGCCGUCUAUACUAGCACCUUUGCCAUUUUGUAUCACUCCAUGAACAGAGGGAGGCUCAACAUCACCGACAUGACUGAUUCGCUGUAUGACGAGGAGCUGCAAUUUCUAUUCAUAACUCUCGGGAAAGACAAAGUGGUGGUGAUUGCCGAUGACCUAGUUGACAGCAGUGAUAAUGCAAAGGACAACAUUCUACGCAGUCAACCAACCAUUGGCCUCAUGGCCCGGGAUAUAUUCCUGUUUAGCAGGGUGGACAAGACAGUUGACAAAAUAAUGAUAAGCAAAAUGACGCACAUAAAAGAAAUAAUCACUGCAGCUUCUGGUAAAAGGUCAACCAAGGCCUCCACGUGUGUGCGUGUCAUAUCCCAUGUGGUUACCCUGGUCCCCUUGAGAUUGGCAUGCUCUGACCCAAGUCCUAAGAACCUGUGUCUUCUUUUUGCUUGCACAAUGGCCUCUCUAUGGCUCAGGCGGCAUAUGCGACUACCAGUGAGCUCAACCUCUUUGUCCCUUGUAACAUAUGGAACUGCAAUAAUCUGUGUGGGAAAUGCACUUCCCAAUCCCAGCCUUAGGAAUUGGGCUUUUGCCAUUUCCUGGGCUGCAGCUUCUCUGGGACUUUUGAGAAAUAAAUUCUUUAUACCCCACAUACCUGCUGGCCUGCGACUGAGUGAAACCUAUAUAGUGCCGGCUGGGGUUGUGACAAUACUUUCCAUCUACCAACCUGAUUGGCCUCACAUAUUAUUGUCGCAUUGUACCUCCAUGUUGAAGAAGCAGAAAGGGGAGAUAAACCAAAAUGAACCUAUUGGCUUUGCCAGGUGAAAGGACAUGAUUUUGGGCUUUUAUAAGAAAUUUGAUGAUCGCCUUUAUUUAAGCAAGUGGCUUGAAAAUGAUCUUUGAUGGGUUAACAGCAAUGUCUCAAAAUUGGGGAGAAACUGACUUUUCAGUGGUUUCCAAUUAUGGUAAUAACAUAUUAAAGGAAAUUCAGAUAUGGACUUCA